AUGUAUAAUUAUGAAUUGAGACGUAUGUUAAAAUACGGUCAACCGGGAUAUAUAACCCAUACUAUAGGCGCCAUAAUGGAGUGGACACACGUGUUAACCUACGGCCCAUACGCAUUGACAAUCGGUUUUGGUAAUGGACAGGUAUAUCCCUGGUUGCCCUACGUCAGCGACACCGGUACAUUAGCUCCAGGGGCUACGCUAUUCACUCUAUACUUCACCAUUAAUUCAAUGAUAUUUUUGGCGAUACUAUUGAUUAGAUGGCAAUCUAUUAAGUCAUUCAACCAAACAAACAGUGUAUUACUCACUAAACUCAAUGGUCGGGCAGUAGGUAGCGGUUUAUGUGCAGUAUUGGGUGGACUCCUGGUUGCCUACAUCCCGGCCACAGACUUACGUUUGUGGCAUCCUGGUCAGCCGGGAUUUAUACCCCACCUAAUAUCCAGUGUAUUUGAAUGGGUGGCUAUAAUGACCACGGGACCUUACAUGGCUGACUGCAAUGGCUGA